CAACAUGGGAAAACAAAUAUGGAACGAGAAAUGUGACUUAACAUUGGCUUUUAUUUUCAUGCUAAAUGUUGGAAGUUCUUCAAUAGAUCAAAGCCACUUUUCUCCAGAACGUUUUUCAAAUAUGCAAAGCUCUAUUAAUAGGAUGAGGGACUUCAUCAGUUGGAUCAUUUCGGGCCAGGACGGUGGAUCUUCUACUUUCUUGAGUCGUUCUAUUGAUCUUGCAUUUAUACUUUUCAAGCAUGACCAGUAUUGUGCUGCUGAGCAAUUGCUCAUGAUGGCGGAAGCACAUUUGCUAAAGGAGAAAACAUCCCAAAGUAUUCAAGAUGCUGAUGGUGGAUGGUGCAUACGUCAUCAUCUUGUAGGAUGUUGCCUACUUGCACAGGUGCAGUCUGGAUUGCAUGCAACAGUACAGAAGGGCAAAAAAGUUUCGGAUGCCAUCCGCUGUUUCUUUAGGUACAACACUUCGCCUUUGAUUUGCUUGCAUUAUGUAGACUUACAUUUUCCGACUAUGAGUUGA